GAGUAACAUAUAGCGUAGCUCAUGUGCUAAUAGUAUAAAACGCUUGCACGAGUCGGUAGGGUGUUCAUCACACAAGAUACUGAACCAUUCUCUGAUAAACUAUUUCAGACCAAAUCGCCAUUUCCAGUUCCAAAAUUCUAUCUAUCACCUUGAGUGUGGAAUGCCAGAGCCGGUGAUUCGAGUUUUGCGUCACCAAUACUAUAAAACCCAAGUCAGUCAGAGGACAAAAUCCUCGUUGAUUUAAUGAUUUCUAUUUUUUAAAAGCAAUUGGAAUAAGGAAAAAAUCCAUACUUGAUGAUGGGAGUAAUAAGCUUUGAUAACGAUCUCUCAUUUCUCUCAACGUCACUGUUCUUCUGUUUACUUCCCUUGCUCGUUUUCUUCCUCUUCUCCAACAUAUUCUCAUCAAAACCCAGUAAUAAAAUCCCCAGAUCGUAUCCUCUGGUAGGUUCUUAUUUCUCACUUCUGAAAAACAGAGACCGCCGGUUUCAAUGGCUUUCCGAUGCCAUCAAUGCCUCCCCCAACCUGACCUUCACCUUACACCGCCCUGGAAUCUCCAAGGUCUACACUGGUAACCCUUUAAAUGUCGAGCACAUCCUCAAAACCCGCUUCUCUGUUUACUCGAAAGGCGAUUUUGCAAGAACCAAUUUAGCUGAUUUUCUCGGCGACGGAAUCUUCAACGUCGACGGAGAGAAGUGGAAGUUUCAGAGAGAGGUCGCCAUCCAUGAGUUCAACACCAGGUCUCUGCGCAACUUCGUCGCCACCGUCGUCGAUACAGAGCUCUCCGGCCGGUUAAUUCCCAUUCUGUCCUCUGCUUCUCGGGAAAAAACGGUUCUUGAUUUUCAGGAUAUUCUUCAAAGAUUCGCUUUUGAUAAUAUCUGUAAGAUCUCUUUCGGGUAUGAUCCCGGGUAUCUCUCGCCGUCCUUACCGGCGGCGACAUUGGCGGUCGCUUUUGAGGAAGCUCUGAAGAUCAGCAGUCAGAGAUAUGACGAAAUUAGCCCUCUUGUCUGGAAAUUGAAACGCCGUUUCAACAUUGGAUCCGAAAGGAAGCUCCGGAUUGCGGUUUCUGAGGUGCGGGAAUUCGCGAGGAAAAUCGUAACGGAGAAGAAGAAAGAGCUGGAGGAGAAGUCAACGCUGGACUCCGUUGACCUUCUGUCAAGAUUCUUGAGCUCCGGCCACUCGGAGGAGAACUUCGUCACCGAUAUCGUCAUCAGCUUCAUACUCGCCGGCCGGGACACGACGUCCGCCGCCUUGACGUGGUUUUUCUGGUCAAUUUCCCGGCAACCGGAAGUUGAAGAUAAGAUCUUGGAAGAGGUGAGAUCGCAAUCUGAGGCGGCGGUGUACGGUGAGCUAAAGGACAUGGUUUACACCCACGCCGCCCUCUGUGAGGCGAUGAGGCUUUACCCGCCGGUUCCGGUGGACUCAAAAACGGCCGGCGAGGAUGAUAUUUUGCCGGACGGGACGGCAAUGAAGAAGGGUUGGAGGGUAAGUUAUCACGCGUAUGCGAUAUUGAGAUUAUAUACUAUUUACCUCAUAUGAUUUACGUACCACGUGUAAUGUAUCCCUAUUACUAAGCAUGUAAGCAUGGGUGCAUGUAAUGCAUGGCCCAUGCAUUAUUCCCUUUCUAUUAUGCACAUCACCUAUUUAUAUGUAGCAUGCAUGUCAUGGAAGAAUACAAGUUCCGUAUCAUUAUAUUUCUUUUUACAUGAAGUUUAGCUCUCUCAAUAUUAG